AUGAGGGCGGCGAUGCUCGCGGGGUUUGCCUUCAACUUCCUCACGGCGCCCAUGCCGAAGGGCGAGAAGGACCCGGACAAGCAGCAGCAUCCGGCGCUGGAGUUCACGUACUUCUGGUGCGUCUGUGUGGCAAUGGGCACAGAGCUGGGGGUCAUCGUGGUGUCCAGCUAUUUGUCGGUUUGGGCCCCCAGCCUAGCCCUGAGAGGCAAGCGAGGCGCGCCGGACUUACACAAGGCCUGCGACACGCUGCGGGACUACCAAUCCCCGGUCUUCGCUUGCUUCAUGGGCGGUUGGAUCAUUUACUUCGUGGCCAGCAUCCUGCAGGUUUGGAUCUAUUACCGGCACCACAUCGCCGUUUGUGUGUCCGUGCCCUUCUUGGUCUUCACCUUGGCCAUCAUAUGGUAUCUUCUGGACCUACGGCGGAAGCUUAGCCUACCCGAGGAUCAGGUUGUGACUGGGAAGAUUGCGCACUUUCAGCGCUACGAACUGAUUGGGGACAUUGAUGAUGGCCAGCUGGUGGUGCUGCGGGCGACUACGUCCCAGUCGAACAGGCAUGUCUUCCUGGCAGGAUCCAUCCAGCGAGGACACUUCAACAACUUUGCUGUCGGCUAUGUGUUUCCACAGCUAGACAAUGACCAGGCCAUGAAGCGGAAGGCCUCGAACCUCUCGCCGGGCAAGAACCUGAACUCGGCGUACCCGCACUUCCAAACUGCUGCCGAGAUGUACGCGCAUAUUCGCAGCAUCACCUCUGAAGGCGGUGACUACACCGUGCGCAACUUUGUUGGGGUCAUCGAGGACAUCUCGGUGGAAAAGUCGAUGGUCGAGACGGAGCUCUUCCCUCGCGGGGCGCUGGAGUUCUAUACCAAGAAGAACAUGGGUUGGCAGUACACGCAGGAAGAGUAUGACAAGUGGUUUAUGCCGGAGCGCGGAGGUGAUCAAGGCGACUAUCGUGACGGUAUGCAGGAGAAGAUCGCCAAUGUCAUUGCUUGCCUAAAGGCGGAGCCCAGGUCCAAGCGGGCCAUCAUUCCCAUCCCCUUCUCCUCAGAAGGUAGCAAGACGGUGGAUUGGACGAAUCAGGGGCAGACCAAGUGCUGUCGCGAACUGCACUUGUACAUCGAGGACGACAAGCUGAAAUGCACCGGUAUCCUGAGGAUGCAGAAUGCGAGCAUCUUCCCGAAGAACAUCCACUUCUUCUCGACCUUGCUGUGCCAUGUGGGCAAAGAGCUGGAGAUGCCUUUGGGCGAGUACACUCAUUGGAUCACGAACUUGUGCCAUGACAGAUCUGCCAUUAGCUGCUGA